AUGCACUUCUCCAAACUCCUCCUCGCGACACUCGUUACUCCCCUUUUCGCCCAUCCAGGCGAGAAACACGAUCCCCACGCUGUGAAGAGGGAGAUUCACACUCGGGAUGUGUUGGCUUCGUCUGGGAAGCGGGCGUUAGACGCUUGCUCUACCACUCUCGGUGCUCGCCAUUUACACGCGAAGAACGUCAAGCGUCGUGCGCAGACUGUUGAUAGCCUCCGCAAGAAGCGCGGCAUCACUGCUAACCCCCAAAAAUACCGCCGCGACCUCGCCGCCCUCGAAGAAUGGGAAGCCAUCAACCACAACCAAACCGGGUUGCUGGAUUACUCGCCGCACACGCCCGAGUCUGUCAUUUUUGCCGCGAAUACCAGUUGCAUUCUUACUCCCACUGUCACGGAUGGGCCGUACUAUGUCUGGGGCGAGGUGAUUCGGCAGAAUGUCAAGGAGGAAGAGCACUGUGAUGGUGUGGAUCUGUUCCUUGAAGUGCAGUAUAUUGAUAUCAACACUUGCAAGCCGGUCGAGGGGGCGCUGGUGGAUAUUUGGCAGGCGAAUGCGACGGGUGUUUACAGUGGCAUCUCCACCUCCGGCAACUACGCAGCAAACGGGUACAACUCCACCUACCUCCGCGGCAUCCAACAGACCAACGCCGACGGCAUCGUGACCUUCGACACCAUCUUCCCCGGCCACUACGACGGCCGCGCCAUCCACACGCACCUCCUCACGCAUCUCAACGCCACCAUCCUCCCCAACAACACCCUCCAAGUCGGCACCGGCAGCGUCACGCAGAUCGGCCAGCUCUUCUGGAACGAAGACCUCCGUUCUGCUGUCGAAGCUACGUACCCGUACACAACCAACACGCAGGCCAUCACCUCCAACGCAGACGAUAUGUGGAGUGUGGAGCAGGCGUCGAGUGCGUACGACCCGUUCCCGGAAUAUGUGUAUCUGGGCGAGGGGGUGGAGGAGGGACUGUUUGCGUGGAUCCAGAUUGGGGUGAAUGCCAGCAGUGAUUAUACGGAUAAUAGCUAUUAUAGCAUUGCGGCUUAUUAUGAUGAGAAUGGGGGACAUGCGAAUAGUGAGAGUGUGAUUGGAGGUGGAAGUGGUGGUGGUGGUAUGGGGGGGAUGAAUGGGACGAAUAGUACCAUGCCGUGAUAGGUAGACAGUGU